AUGUCAUACAACAGACUAGACCACCCGGGCGGCAACGACGACCCGUUCGAGAUGGAUCCACGACGAGGAAAUGGGCGCACGCCCUCUCCCGGACAGCCACUGCGAGGCUACCAACUCGAAGACCGAUUUACAUCUCCCUCGCCAUCGGGCGUCUUGGAGAUUCCCAUGGGACCAAACCAAGCAAUUGCCUCUAGCGACCGCUUGCCCCUACAACCAAGUUAUUCGGUAGAAAACAUUCCAUACACUGGAGGCAACUACCACGACGACUACGACCCACGACCGCAACGACACGAAAAUAACUAUUCAUUCGACCCCCAACAACACCACGAUGCAUACUACAACCAGCCUUACGACCCAACUCCUCAUGACGAGAGCCCCGGUGCGGGAUACGGCACGCAGCCUACGCACUACUGGCAGGACGACGAUAUGAACAGACCCAUGAUGCAAAGCGCAAACUCAUAUGGCCCAGAUCCUCACGACCCAGAAGAUAUGGACCCAGAAAACCCGUUUCAUGAUGAGCCAGCACCGCCACCCAGCCAAGCACCGAUUAAGAGGUGGAAGACGGUCAAGGAAGUCCAGUUGUUCAAGGGUAACUUGGUCCUCGACUGCCCGAUUCCGCCACGGCUGCUGAACCAAGUCCCACAUGCACAGCCCCCCGAGCGUGACGAAUUCACACACAUGCGCUACUCGGCCGCCACAUGCGAUCCUGCAGACUUUGAUGCUGAGCGCUUUACCCUCCGUCAGAAGCUGUUUGCCAAGCCGCGACACACUGAGCUGUUCAUUGUCAUUACCAUGUACAACGAGGAAGACGAGCUGUUUGCGCGAACAAUGAGUGGCGUAAUCAAAAACAUUGAGUACAUGAACUCGCGAACCAACAGUAAAACGUGGGGUAAGGACGCGUGGAAGAAGAUCGUCGUAUGCGUCGUCAGCGAUGGUCGUGCCAAGAUCAAUCCGCGAACCCGUGCCGUACUAGCUGGUCUCGGUGUAUACCAGGACGGCAUUGCCAAGCAGCAAGUUAACGGCAAGGACGUAACUGCCCAUAUCUACGAGUACACUACCCAGAUGACUCUCGACAUCAAGAAGGGUGUCGUCAACGUCAAAAAGGGCAACACCCCUGUGCAGAUGUUGUUCUGUCUCAAAGAAAAGAACCAGAAGAAGAUCAACUCGCAUCGCUGGUUCUUCCAGGCUUUCGGUGCCGUCCUAGAUCCAAACGUCUGCGUGCUCAUCGAUGCGGGUACCAAACCUGGAAAGGAUUCCGUCUACCAACUAUGGAAAGCCUUUGAUCUUGAGCCCAUGUGCGCUGGUGCCUGUGGUGAGAUCAAGGCCAUGUUGGUGCAUGGAAAGAAGCUUCUGAACCCGCUGGUAGCAACUCAGAACUUUGAGUACAAGAUGAGUAAUAUUCUGGACAAGCCUUUGGAAUCCGCCUUUGGUUUCAUCAGUGUGCUUCCCGGUGCUUUCUCAGCCUACAGAUAUGUCGCUCUCCAGAACGAUAAGACUGGACAAGGUCCACUGGAGAAGUAUUUUGCUGGCGAGAAGAUGCACGGCGCCAAUGCUGGUAUUUUUACUGCCAACAUGUACUUGGCUGAAGAUCGUAUUCUGUGUUUCGAGUUGGUCUCUAAACGCAAUUGCCACUGGAUCUUGCAAUACGUAAAGUCGGCCACUGGAGAAACUGACGUUCCUACCACCAUGGCCGAGUUCAUCAGUCAGCGUCGUCGUUGGCUUAACGGUUCCUUCUUCGCUGCUGUCUACGCCCUGGCUCACUCUUUCGACAUCUUCCGCAGUGAUCACUCUUUCUUGCGCAAAAUGAUGUUCCUCGUCGAAUUUGUCUACCAGACGAUUAGCAUGAUCUUCGCUUGGUUCGCCCUCGGUAACUUCUUCCUCGUCUUCCGCAUUCUCACGGCUUCUCUACAAAACGAACUCGGCACUGCUGGCAAGGUUCUGUUCAUUGUAUUCGAAUGGCUCUACAUCGCUGUCUUGAUUACCUGUUUCAUCCUGUCAUUGGGUAAUCGACCGCAGGGUUCCAACAAGUGGUACAUGUCCAUGGUCUACUUUUGGUGCAUCAUCAUGGCAUACCUCAUGUUUGCAUCCAUCUUCAUCAGUGUCCGGUCUGUCCAGGGCCAGAUCGCUGCCAACGGAGGCUUCAACUUUGCGGACCUGUUCAGAGACAGGAUCUUCGCGACAUUGAUCAUCUCGCUACUGUCGACAUACGUCAUGUGGUUCCUCGUCUCCAUAAUCUUCUUGGAUCCGUGGCACAUGUUCACUUCCUUCUUCCAAUAUCUUCUUAUGACCCCGACAUACAUCAAUAUUCUCAACGUCUACGCUUUCUGCAACACGCACGACAUCACCUGGGGUACAAAGGGAGAUGAUAAACCAGAGAAGCUGCCUUCAGUCGUCACAAAAGCCGACGGUAAAGCCGACAUUCAAGCACCCACUGACGAUGCCGAUCUCAACACACAAUAUGAGGAAGAGCUAAAGGUGUUUAGCAGUAAGUGGGUUGAGGAGAAGAAGGUUCCUUCAGCAAGUGAGAAGCAGGAAGAUUAUUACAAGGGUUUCCGAUCCGGUGUCGUCUUGUUCUGGAUGUUUUGCAACCUGGGCCUGACGGCCUUGGUUCUGCAGUCGGGUGGCCUGGAGCUCACCGUCAGCACUCCGGAUGAGGCGCAGAAGAAGAGGAACGAGGCUGCUACCAUCUACCUGGCUGUUGUUUUGUACAGUGUUGCUGGCUUGUCAGCUUUCAGGUUCAUUGGUGCAAUGUGGUUCUUGGUUGUCCGAGCAUUCCGUGGUGUCUAG